UACAUCGAGCCAAUAUCAUCUUGCUGUCAACAUGCAAAGAUCAAGACACAAAACACGGGAACGACUGAGAUACGAUGGUGACAAAGAAGAAGAACUCAUGCGACAAUUUGGGCUAGACUACGUGUUAGGCCCAGAUGGCCAAGACAAUGUCCCUGUCCCCGAAAUCCUGGCAUGCCUUAUUAUGGAAGCAGGUGAAUGGUGCAACAUCGGGAUGUACGGGUCAGCUGUUCCUUUGUAUGAAGACGCUCUCUCACUUCUUAACCACUUUCCCAAUGGACCACUUCGCUGUGAGCCCAUCUACUGGCUCAGGGCAAGAUGUUAUUACGAAAUGGAUCAUUUUGAGAAAGUCAUUCAAGAUUGCACACAAGUGAUCAACUUUGACAAAGGAGGGACCCUUCCUUGUACCUGGCACUGCUACCCAAUGAAGGUUGAGGCCUACCUAGAAACAGGACAAAUCUACAAGGCUCUCGAAACCGCCUACGAAUUUCACAUACAUUGUCCCUGGCUUCCUCAGGCGACGGCCAUCAUUGGGGACUUAAGAAGACAGUUAGAGGCAGAGGAACGCAAGCGGAAGAAAUUGGGCGACAAAUUGAUACAAGAGGAGCAGUCCAAGAGGAGGAGAACAGUGCGCGCUAAACCUCCGCUGAUGAAAAAGAAGAAAAAGAAAGCUAAAGACCCCAGGACAGCUGCAGCAAGCAAAAGAGGUGCUACAAAUGAGACAUAUUCCAACGAGUCUGAUGCAUCAAGUCAUUCUAGUAUGAGUGACAGUGAGCCCCAAGGACUGGAGGGUGAAGAAGACACAGACCAAGGAGCACUGGCGAUGGUUGGGAAAAGCCUGCCACCAAUUUCUACACACAACAGAUUCGUAAAUGUACCUGAGGUGGAAACGAGAAAGCAAAAACAUACAGUGACGUCGACAAAGAGGAGGAAUCAUUCAAAUGUUCACGUUGCGACUAGAUCAACAACUGGUGUCCUUGCAGCUACGUCACCCAGGCACGUCAGAGAGUUUCCGUCGAUGAUGAUAGGAAAGUCUCAAUCACACAGGAGCUUCUCAAAGCGCGAGCAACCCUUUCAGUCACCAAUAGUACAAGCUACAGCAAGGACUGAAAGGCGCGGCGUGCCUUAUACGAGUCCGACUCUUCGGAGAGCUGAAACGUCAUAUCCUAAGAGGCUCUUCCCAACAUGCCUUGAAGACAUCAACAAGGGGAAUACGGCAAUGCAGGAGGCAAAAUGUUACUACUGUCAGCUGCAGUGCAACUCCAAACAGCAGCUUCAAAAGCAUUAUCAGGGGAAGAAACACAGAGCCAAACUCCUUUCAGAUGAUUCUGACGGGAUGUGGCAACAGAGAAGACCGCCCCCUGGCGUCCCCGGAGGGCAAUACAAGAUGUGCCCUUAUGGAUUCGAACGCUGCAUACAUCGUACGCUUUGCACGUAUGCACAUACUAAGGAAGAGCUGAAGGAAUGGCAGGAAAGGUAUAACAUACGAAAGAAGACACUGAAUAAAGCUCAGUCAUCUGGUACAUAUGGUUACUCCUUUGGUGAGAGAUUGGCUGAAGAGUUCAAGACAAAAGGCAAAGUAGAACUGCUCUCAACAACCGUACAGUACGCACGCCUCCUAGCGGAACCUGAAGGUACCAGUGUCAUGUUCCCUGAGCGGGGUAGAGAAUACACGUGGACCAUGAAAGUUCAGGUGGGCUCAUCGAACUUUUCUGUUGUGUCCAAACUUCUCAAUGCAUCACCAUUUUAA